UCACCGGGUCACCGACAGGCAGCUCCACAGCCGGAGGCGCCAACACACCCGCACCCUCCCCUGCCCCUCCACAUCCCCUCCAUCAGCAGCGCCCUGCUGCGCCUCAGACAGGGGGAACUGCGGCGUCUCCACGGCCACGGCGAUGGGUGGCGGGGGAGGGAGGAAAUGAGCCGAGUUGGGAAUGGACGGCGGCGCAAACGAGGGCGUUGGCUGCAGCUGGGGCUGAGCAACAACACCUGCGGGGGACGCCUCACCAUUGUCGGACUGGCCGAUUGCUGCUGCAGGGUGAGAGAGGGGACCCACCACCACAUCAGCCUCUUGCUGGUGCAGCUGCUGGUGCUGCUGCUGCUGUACUCCCUGGCCCUUUUGCUGUGGCUGUGGCUCCAUUGGCUGCUGCAGCUGGUCAGCCACUUGGCCGAAGUGCGGGGCAUCAACGGUGUCUUCAUCCACGCGAUUGUUGGGGGGCGGGCUGUAGCAGCCCGGCCGAUCGCCGCCCUCCGGCUGCGUGCCGAAGUACGCAACAGGCUUGAAGGCGUCGCCUUGCAGCUCGACGUUCUGGCCCAACCACUGUUUGGUCUCCACAGUGGCGGCUUCCUCGGCAAUCUCACCCUGCGGACACGGCUGCUGCAGAAGGGGCAAGGGAGAUAACAGAAGCGGCACUUUGAGAGCUGUCAGAACUGUCGUGUGUCGCGUAUGUCGCUUGUCCAACCUGGUGAGUUGGCGCCUCGUCAGCAGGCGGCUCCUCAGCAGCGUCAUCUCCAGACAACUCGGCAGCAGCAUCAGGAGGCGAUGGCCCGUCCUCCGUCUGCGCCUCAACAGUCUGCAGACACACAGAAAGGAAUCAGAGACACAGAAACCGAUGAAGGUGACAGACACGGAGGUUCUCCCGGGGCCUGCCUUCCCUUCCUGCUCACCUCGACGACGACAAUCUCCGUCUGGGUCGUGGCAUGACCCUUGCCCUUCGCCCCCUCCCUCCCCAUGCCCUCCCUCGCAGCCUUCAGGCACUCGUCCCUCACCUUGAUCAGGAUCGCCAUCUCAUGCUCCUUCUGCAACUUGCUCUUGACCUUCUCGGCCUCCUCCCGCAGCAACGUGUGGGGCUGCCGCGCCUCGAGCCGAGCGAUGGCUUCGAGGGCCUUCCGGCACUUCUUGAUCGCCUUGAUGAUGAUGCUGAAGCUGUACUCGUGCUCCUUCAGGUACUUGAGAAGCCGCUCGUCGUCCUGCCCGGCUGACUGCCCCUCUCCGUCCUCCUUGGCCGGUGUGUCGGUGUCCUGGGGCGUCUCCUGGGCGGGGGUGCUGCUGCUGCUCUCCCCUGACGCUGGCUCUUGGUCGAGGCCCGGCUCGUGUUCGGGGCCUUGGUGCUCAGGCUCGUUUGCUGGGGCGAGGGCAUCCGGGACGGCCUGGGAGGGCUGGUGUGCGGGCGAUGCUGGCGGGGCGGCCUCUGACUUGUUCUGAAGGGCACAGAGACCACAGCAACAGAGGCGUGGGGACGGUCAGAAUGUCGGUCUCGCAAAUGGUGCAUUCCCCGCCUGACUUGCCCCCCUGCUCACCUUCUUCUUGUUCUUUUUCUUGCCGUUCUUGCGACUCCCGUCUGAUGGCAUGGCUUGGCUCUCCUCUCUAAUGGGUCAGAGCCGUCGGAGCCUCUGCUUGCACCAGAAGGACAGAGGGGAAUAGGAAAGUGAUUUU